AUGGCGCCAUCAGUAAUGAUCAACGUUGUCGAGCCUCCGCAACAUGAGCUCAAGAAGAUUGAGACCGUGGUUGUGAAGAGCGUUUCGCCUUCUCCUUCGACCGAGGAUGAUCAUGAUUUACCAAAGCUAGAGCGGAUGCCUCAGACCGUUAGGACCAAUGGUCAGGUAAAUGGCUUCCGUACUCCAGAGACAAUCGAUUCGCUUGACUCAGAUGAUCCGGUGGUCAUAGUCGGCAUGGCCUGCCGACUUCCAGGAGGAGUCUCAUCGCCUCACGAUCUCUGGAAUCUGCUUAUUCAGCAGAAAUCGGGUCAAUGCAAAGUCCCCAAGGAGCGCUUUAACAUUGACGGUUAUUACCAUCCGGAAGGCGAUCGAGCAGGGGCCAUGAUUUCCAAAGGCGGAUACUUCCUUAACGAAGAUGUCCGACAGUUCGAGAACACAUUCUUUGGCAUCAACAAUCUCGAGGCAACCUACAUGGAUCCCCAACAGCGAAAGCUACUCGAGGUGGUCUAUGAGUGCUUCGAAAACUCAGGAACCUCGCUGGAAGAUGUUGCUGGAUCCAACGUUGGCGUCUACGUUGGCAAUUUCACCGUCGACUUUCAGACAAUGCAAACCCGGGACCCAGAAUACCUCCACCGAUAUAGCGCCACCGGUUCAGGUACCGCCAUCUUGGCGAACCGUCUGAGCUAUAUUUUCGACCUUCGAGGACCUAGUUUUGCACUUGACACAGCCUGCUCAUCUACCAUCUAUUGCCUGCACAAUGCCGUUGUCGCACUGCAGGGUGGCGAGUGCGAUGCGGCCAUAGUAGCAGGCGCGAAUCUCAUCACCGCUCCAGAGCAGCAUCUCGGAACGAUGAAGGGCGGGGUUAUAUCCCCCACAUCGACGUGCCACACAUUCGACGCCAGUGCUGACGGCUACGGAAGAGCCGAGGGUGUCAACGCUCUUUACGUGAAGAGAUUAUCGACUGCACUCAGGGACGGCGACCCUAUUCGGGCAGUGGUUCGUGGAACUGCGAUCAAUGCCAAUGGAAAGACAUCCGGAAUCACACAGCCCAGUAUCCUUGGUCAAGAAGAGGUCAUCCGGAAAGCAUACAGGAAAGCCGGACUUGACCCGAAGGACACAGCCUACGUCGAAUGCCACGGAACUGGAACCGGGGUAGGCGAUCCUAUGGAAGUCGAAGCUCUAAGCAACUUCUUCCCACGCGAUCGCCCAACACCGCUUCUUCUUGGUGCAAACAAGACGAAUCUCGGUCAUAGUGAAGCAGCAAGUGGGAUAUCAGCAGUCAUCAAAGCUGUACUAGCCCUGGAACACAAAAAGAUCCCAGCAACAAUUGGAGUCGAAAAACUCAACCCAAAGCUGCAUCUGGACGAAUGGAACAUGAAGGUUGUGACACAACUUACAGACUGGCCAACUCCAUUGCACCGGGCUAGUAUCAACUCUUUCGGGUAUGGUGGAGCAAACGCUCACGCCAUCCUUGACUCGGUUAAUAAUUUCUUGCCUGGAUACAACGAAUCAAGAAAUGAGCAACCUAUGGGAGAUCCAACAAGGCUUUAUGUGCUACCAUUUUCCGGUUCAACAACUCAAUCUCUCGAGGCUAGGAUCCUUGACCUUUCCAAGCGCUUCAGUCUUGGCGAGACCUACAACUUUUGUAACCUGUGUCACACUCUGGCCGAUCGACGCUCAAAAUUGAGCAAGAAGGGCUUUCUUAUCACAAGCGCAGCCACAGCCAAGAACGACUUUAGGCUUGACAACUUGGUCACACCUAAAAAGGUUACGCCAAAGCUAGACUUCGGCUUCAUAUUUACCGGUCAAGGCGCACAAUGGCCUCAGAUGGGGAAAGAGCUUCUGGAGAAGUACCCAUUGUUCUCUCAAACAAUCGAUUACCUGGAUAGCGUCCUUCAGGCCCUUCCAGAAGCACCAGUAUGGACCAUCAAGAACGCCUUGCUCGAGCCGGCUGCCACAAGCAAAGUUGGCGACGCGAGCUUUUCCCAACCGCUUUGCACCGCUGUCCAGGUCGGCAUAGUUAAGCUUUUGCAAAGCUGGAACGUGGAGCCCAGCAUAGUUGCCGGUCACUCGUCUGGAGAGAUUGCUGCCGCUUAUUCUGCCGGUCUACUUACUGAAGCUCAUGCCAUCAUCAUUGCGUUCUACCGUGGCUACGUUGUAACGAAAAUUACCUCAAAAGGCUGCAUGCUCGCGGUCGGUAUGGGUGCUGAUGACGCAGAGGCCAAGAUAGACGAGAUGUCCCUUCGAGAUGAGAUAUGUGUGGCUUGCGUGAAUUCGCCGGAAAGCGUCACAAUUAGCGGAAGCGCAAAGGGUAUCGACAUCUUGGCCAGCGAACUUCAAGGUAAGAGCAUUUUUGCAAGAAAGUUGGCCACUGGAGGCAGGGCGUACCAUUCGUUCCUGAUGAAAGAAGUUGGUGAAGAGUAUGAGAGCCUUGUCAGCAAAGCUAUGACAGGAUUGCCGAUGAACACUAGUCAGGAAGAUGGCAAGGAAGCCGUCAGGUUUUUUUCGAGUGUUGGCAAAGGCAGUGAUGCACUUGCCUCAUUCUCUCGUGAGACCAACAACUUCAUACGACCAGCUUAUUGGAGAGCAAAUCUGGAAAAUCCAGUGCAGUUCAGCACAGCCAUCAAGAACAUUGUCGCGACUGGAAAGUACCAUUUGCUUGAGAUUGGUCCUCAUGGGGCUCUUCAGCUUCCCAUCAAGCAAAUUCGAACCUUCCUAGGACUCCCGGAGGACGACCUGCCGUACACCUCUACCUUGGCGCGAGGCAAAGACGCUGAUAUCUGCAUGAAGACUCUCGCAGGAGAAUUGUUCUUGAGCGGGCAUGAGAUUGAUUUCCUAGAAGUCAACAACACUCAAUUCGAUGGUGACAAGCACAACGCUGCUGUAAUCAAUGACUUACCACCCUACCAUUGGAGCUAUACUCAGCUCUUGUGGAACGAACCAAGGUCAAGUAUAGACUUACGCAAUCGAAAGUAUGUUCGACAUGAACUCCUGGGAUCCGAAACUGCAGCAGCAAAUGGCAUUGAGCGCUGUUGGAGAAACAUCUUCAAGCCAUCAGAGGUCCCUUGGAUAGAUGAUCACCGGCUGGAGGUCCAGGUAGUCUUUCCCGCAGCGGGUUAUCUUGCAAUGGCAAUGGAAGCGCUUUCGCAAAUCAAGCUUUGGCAUCCUGAUCAGGAUAUCAGACCAUCAUUCACCUUCCGCAACGUCAACAUUUCGUCGGCGCUGGUGGUCACAGAUGGUGAUCAGGAAACUGAGCUUUUCACCACGAUGUACGAAGAGAAGAUUUCCAAAGCGUCCACAUCCAGCAUCUGGUACGACUUCUCAAUAUCUUCGUUCCAAAGCGGUGCCUCGAUCUCGCACUGCGUUGGAAGCAUCAGUGUGAGCAUUGUACCAUCUGAGAAGACCGGCGCUACGACUGUCGACGCCACCAACUAUGACAAAUGGGCCAUGGGCAGAUGGUAUGAAAAGUUGGCCCAUGAAGGACUAUGCUUUGGCCCUGCUUUUCAGACUCUAACUUCCAUGAAGACUGACAAGGCGAGGGUAAAGCCUGAAGCCCUUUCAACUACCAAAUUGUUCCAGAGAGUUCCAAAAUCGACAAAGUUCCCCGGGACUUAUUAUGGUGUUCACCCACUAGUCGUUGAUGCUUGUCUCCAAGCUGCAAUCAUGGGGGGAACCGCUGGUGAUGUCGGCAAUCUCAAGGCCUUCUUGCCCGUCUUCUUCGGUCACCUGCAAAUUUCCACACCAGAUGCUGACCGAUUGGGGUCGGAAGUCUCUAUUCACUCUCAGUCACAGACCACGGGGUUCAGCACCAAGAAGAUCAAUGUCACACUCAGAGAUGACAAAGAUGAGGUACUCAUUGACAUGUCAAACACCAGACUGUCAUUAUACGUCGGCAAGAUGGAUGAAGAGAUUGAUCCAUCCGAGGCUAAUAGGCAUCCGACCUUGCGAGUGGUCUGGAAGCCAGAUAUUACUCGUCUGGAUGAAAGUUGCAGAACAGAUUUGGAUGCCUACCUGGAGCAGUUCCUAUCUUCCCACCACACCCUUCGCGAAAAUGUGAGUUCGGGUGUGAUGGCUGGCUUGGUGGAUCUUGCCGGGCAUAAAAAUCCACGACUUCGCGUUUUGGAAGUGGGGAGAGACUGCGAUUGCAAGACUAAAGGAUUCCUUGACAUCUUGGACAACAAAUCAGAUUUCCCGCGUUCGCGCGAGUGGCACAUUGGCAGCUUCUCAGAUGGUGAAUUAGUCACUCAUCCAGCCCAUAUUCCUGAAAAGGUUGAGAAGACCAAGCUCGAUGGUGACAAUAUCCCUACCUACGAUAUGGUCGUGAUGCCUAAUAAGUCGACUACGGGCGAACUAUGGCAAAACAUAGCGGAUAAUCUCUCAAAGGUCCUUAGCCCACAGAGUAUCUUGAUCGGCAGAAGUUCUGCUGUCGCAGGCAAGUGUCUGAAAGAGUCUGGAUGCAAGGUCUUCAACCUGGUAGGCGGCGUCAUGCUCGCUAUAACGCCUCAAAAGCCUCGGAAACUGGAGGGGAAACAGAUCAUCCUUGUCGAGCAGUCUUCGUCCCCAUCAGAUCUCUCGAAAGAGAUCAGAGCCCAUUUCGAUGGCAUUGUUGGAGCUGAUAAUGUCAAAUCUUAUUCGCUAAAGGACCUGGAAAAUCUAGAGUUGCCUCCCAAGUCUGUUACCAUCUCACUCCUGGAAUUGGAGAAGCCACUGUUGGCCGUAAUGACGCCAGAGGAGAUGGAUCUGGUGAGGAAGAUAACCGACACGACCACCGACCUCGUCUGGUUGACUGGAGCCUCUUACAUGGAUGGAUCUGCGCCGAGUUUGUCGUUGGCUAGUGGGUUGUCUCGAGCCUUGAUGCUGGAACAGCCAUCUCUUCGGUUCGUUAUCCUGGACAUCGGAGUCUCUGCACACAUGUGCAAGUCAGACCAGACCGGUAUUUGCAGCAACAUCGAUAGAGCACUUUUCGCAGAUGACGUCCCGGAUGACAAGGAGUUCGUAUUGAAGAGUGGUCUUCUACACAUCAGUCGCUUUGUGCCCGAUGCUGGUUUAAACACUCGUUUCAGCCAAAGACGGAACCAGCAACCGAGCGAGAUGACGCUCGAAGCGGCGUCCCCAGCUAAGCUUGAGAUCAAGAAAGUUGGUAUAAUGGACACCAUAUACUUUCAACAAGAGUCAGAGACCGAGAUAGAGCUUCCAGACGACCUGGUUGACAUAGACGUGAAAGCUGUCAGUCUCAAUGCAAAGGACAUCUACGUUCUCUCUGGUAAAGUCGAGACCAGGAAGGGCACGUCUGCCAUUGAGUUCAGUGGCAUCGUAAAAGCUGUCGCGAAGAAUGUCACAGACCUGCAGCCUGGUGACCGAGUUUGUGUGCUGGCACCGAACACAUUCAGAACCACCGAGAGAGUACCAGGAUGGGCUUGUCACAAGAUGCUCCCCGAAGAGAGCUUCGAGAUUAUGCCCACGCUUCCUGUCAUUUACGGCACAGCGCUCUACGCGUUGGAUGAUCGCGCACACUUGAGGGCUGGAGAGACUAUUCUCAUUCACUCUGGCGCUGGCGCCUUUGGCAUGGCCUCGAUAGCCAUUGCGCAAAUGCGAGGCGCCACAGUCUACGCAACUGUAAGCACGGAAGAUAAGAAAGAUUUCCUUGUGAGCGAGUUGGGUAUGCCACGAGAGAACAUUUUCCAGUCCAGAGAUACUUCGUUUAUGGAGAGCGUCUUUGCGGCCACGAAUGGAAAAGGUGUGGACGUUGUGCUCAACUCGUUGACUGGUGAUCUUCUCCAUGCCAGUUGGAGAUGCUGCGCCAACUUCGGAAGGUUCGUUGAAGUUGGAAAACGUGACAUUGUCGAUGCAGGAAAGCUCGAUAUGGAUGUGUUCUUCCGCAAUGUGACCUUUACUGCUUUCGAUCUGACCGAGCUCUUCUACCACGAGGACCAGUUCUACAGGGACAUUUGGAUCAAUAAAUCCAAGGAAGCUCUAGAGCUGUAUCGUUCCGGCGCUGUCAAGCCAGUUCCCAUCAAAACCUUUGACGUCUCAGAGAUCACGCAAGCGUACCGUUUCUUCUCUCAGAAGAACAGAGUAGGCAAAGUUGUCAUUUCAAUGCAGAAUCCUCAGAGUAUUGUUCAGGCCGUUCCCGCACAAUAUACAGCGAAGUUUGACGCCAACAAAUCAUACGUCCUGAUCGGCUGUCUGGGAGGACUCGGACGUAGUCUAAGCAAGUGGAUGUUCCAACGAGGUGCCCGCAAUUUCACAUUCCUUGGGCGCUCCGCUACCGACAAACAAGCGGCCCGUGAAGUAGUCCACAACCUUGAAAAAGCCGGCGCCACUGUCCAGGUCGUUCGUGGUGAUGUGAGCAACAAAGACGAUGUCGUUGCUUGCAUGACUGUCUCUCCGAAGCCAAUUGGUGGCGUAGUUCAAGCCGCUAUGGGUCUGCACGAGGCUCUUUUCUCUACCAUGACCAACGCAGCAUGGCACACGGGUAUCCAACCGAAGUGGCGUGGGACCUGGAACAUCCACGAGGCCCUCGAAGGUAUAGACGACAAGCUAGACUUCUUCCUGCUGACCUCCUCUGUCUCCGGGAGUGUCGGCACUGCCACGGAAAGCAAUUACUGCUCCGCCAACGGAUUCCUGGAUGCCUUCGCUCGAUACCGCCACAGUCUAGGCAAACCAGUCAGCUCCAUCGGCUUUGGCAUGAUUUCCGAAGUCGGCUAUCUCCACGAAAACCCAGAGAUCGAAGCGCUACUCCUUCGCAAAGGCAUCCAGCCUCUCAAUGAAAAGGAGUUCUUGCAGGUGCUUGACCUUUCACUAUCGGGCACGCCAUCGGCAGGAGGCAUGGAGUACGAUAAGCUCGCUCAGUCCCACAUCCUGACCGGCUUGGAGCCCCACGGUAUUCGCAAGAUGAUGGAGCAAGGCUUCGACGUCAACAACGGAACUAUGCAAGACCCUCGCACAAUCCUCCUCUCCGCCUCCCUCGACGCCGGCUCGGCAGAAGAUGGUGGGGCCGUCGCAUCCAUCGACGCUUCCUGGUCCAAAGGCCUCCCAGCACCCGUCAUCAAAGCUCUCGCGGCGGAAGCAGCGGGCGCUGCAUCCCUGAACGAGGCUAUCUUACUGCUUGUGUCCAGGAGGUUUUCAAAUUUGCUGCUCAUGCCGCUGGAUAAGGUGGACAGCAGGAAGCCACUGGCGUCGUAUGGAAUGGACAGCAUGAUUGCGGCGGAGUAUAGGUCGUGGUUCUGGAGCGUUUUCAAGGUGGAUAUUCCGUUCUUGGAUAUCCUGAGUUCGACGAAUCAUCUGCAGACGUUGGCGGGGAUGGUAGAGAAAGAUCUUGUGGAGAACAAGGACGGAUGA